AUGGAUGGAGCGUGCCCACCCCGUCAAACUAGCUUUGCUCACGCUGUCAGAGGGCUGCAGUCAACCUUGUGGAUUUUAAAUCCCUUGCACCCUGCUACGACCCCGCCUAUCCUGCAACGAGAUCACCCUUGCCAUAAGUUUGCUAAUCUCCAUCCUCGAGCUCUAGCCCAACGACAAGAGAUAAGGGUUUCAUUGGAGUGUGCAUCUCGCCACCCGAACCGUACAGCGAGUAUACCGACGGCGAACAAAAACCGGCCUUUUACGAGCACAAGGCCUGUUUAUCUUUCGUAUUGUCAUAACAAGCAACCUGCGACAAAUUCACCUUCUUUGUCCCCGCCUCUGGUCGUCGCAGAACGUGCCAUAACCGAACGCAUCCAUCGGCAGAGCAUCUACGAGGACAUCUCAACCCCUCCUUCGAGCAAGCAUUUCUACCUGAAACGACAUCUCCAUCCUCCACUAUAUCGAUUAUUUUAA